AUGGAAUUAGCUGUAUCUACAGCACGCUUUGGUUCUACCUGNAAUACCGAGUUCGCGCUAUUUGAUUUCGAUUCCUAUUCCGAAUACUACAAUUGGCGUCGCGGCAUGGAGUUGCGCACUAUUGAAUCCCUGAAUCUACAUUCACAUCUGUCUGAAAUUGAAGAAUGGGUCAAACGUUUCGAGCCCUGGUGCAGCCUACGUCAGAACGAAAAGCUGGAUCAAUGCGUACUAUUUCUCACGGUGGGUGGAAAGGAAAUGUAUUCUUUGCUGAAGAAUCUCGCU